GCUUUUCAUUUGCGCGCCGUGACAGACCUGGCAUUUGGGGCACAAUGCAUUUCCCCCCGUUAUUCCACCGCCGCCGUUGCACAGUAAUCAUUUCAUAACGAACGCGGAGAUGCGCCGGUUUGCACCAACCAACAUCAAGUUCCACUAGUUGAAACGCUGGUGGGGAGAUGAUUCUCGUCCGCACACGUUAGAUGCCUUAUGGCCAACGCGGGGCUGGAGACGGGGGCUCGGACGCGCGCAUCGAAGGCGAACGCUGGAUGAACACGUCCACUGAUCUCCGGUGGAUUUGGACGGUGUGGAAAUUGAAAUAAAGAGACCUUGGCCGUCUCUACAUAAACUGGUCCAAGCCGCACCACUGGCAGCAGACAAGGGGAUUCGUGCCUCUCUCCUCCGCUUCGUCAGUGCGCAUGGAUGAAAGUCACAGUUAAAAUGCAUGCGGCAGGACUUGUCUGAUGUGGGAUUACCGCGUUUUCACUCGCACCCUUUUCUUUGCCAUGCUCGAACUUUGGUUUUGGCUCUUUUUCCGAGAUGACACCGCUAAUUUCAGGGGACGCUGGAAGAACGGCGGAGCCCGUUUUGCCGCGCUGGCUGUCACGUUACUGGCGUGAAUGACUAUAUAGGUGCUCUUAGACGCCUGGUUUAUGGAGCUAAACAACGAGGAGACUUGACUUUUAAGGAUUUUUCUUUUGGUUUUGCGUUGCACUGCCGACGUAACGGGCGGAAAAGGGAGGCUGAAAAUCGCAAAAUCCAUGUUUUCACCGAGCUUGGACAGAAACGAAGGGGCACAGCUGUGAUUUUCGGGAUGCUUUGGCGUUCACCGGGAACAGCACGAUGACACCUCAUACUGGUACCGCACUUGAGUGAGCUGGGGCAUCCUCUCCCAGGAAAAAUGCAUAUGUGGAUCCUAAAAAUAAUCCUUCUGAUUGCAUCAUCUCUGAGGCUGGUCGAGAUGUAUGACAAUUAUGGGGAGAUCUGUCGAAAUCUGUGCACGUGUGAGGAGAAGGAAGGGAUCCUGACUGUGAGCUGUGAGAACCGGGGGAUCAUCAGAUUGACGGAGAUCAGCCCCGUCCACUUCUCCAUGUACCACCUCCUGCUCACAGGGAACCUCCUGAAGAAGCUGUCAGUCAAUGAUUUCAUCAAUUACACCGGGGUGACUAUCCUGCACUUGGGGAACAACGAUAUCUCAGAGAUAGACUCAGGUGCCUUCAAUGGACUCCAAGGAUUAAAACGGUUGCACCUGAAUAACAACAAGAUUGAGGUUCUGAGGGACGACACCUUUGCGGGGCUGGAGAGUUUGGAAUACCUGCAGAUUGAUUACAAUUACAUCACCAACAUCGAGCCCAAUGCCUUGAGCAGACUGCACCAACUGACAGUCAUGAUUUUGAACGAUAACCUGCUCUCUGCCCUCCCCCCCAAUAUCUUCCGCAACGUUCCCCUCACGCACUUGGACCUGAGAGGGAACCGGUUAAAAAUGUUCCCCUACAUCGGCCUCCUGGAGCACAUGGACAAAGUUGUGGAAUUACAACUGGAGGAGAACCCGUGGAACUGCUCCUGUGAGCUCAUCGCCCUCAAGGCCUGGCUGGAGAGCAUAGCCUACACGGCCCUGGUGGGGGAGGUGGUGUGCGAGACGCCGUUCAGGCUCCACGGCAGGGACCUGGACGAGGUGUCCAAGCAGGAGCUCUGUCCCCGACGGCCCGUCGAAGACACGGUGAGGCCCGCGCCGCCCAGCAGCACCAGUGGAUAUUACCAGACAACACCGGCGGUCGUCACGGCCUCUGCGACCUCUUCGGCUGUAUUGAGGUCCUCUUCUAGACCGACCAAGGGUGCGAGGCAAUUAGGCAACAGAACUAGGUUAAAGCCCACGUCCCGAAUACCAGGCGGUAACCCUUACAACUAUGGCCCAAUCAUUGCUUUUCAGACCAAAUCUCCUGUGCCUUUGGACUGUCCCACCGCCUGCACGUGUAAUCUGCAGAUAUCUGAAAUUGGGCUAAAUGUCAACUGCCAAGAGAGAAAGAUUGAAAGUAUUUCCGAUCUGAAACCCAAGCCAUACAAUCCUAAAAAAAUGUAUCUCACUGGAAAUUACAUCCCCGUAGUACGGAGAUCAGAUUUUGUCGAUGCCACUGGAUUGGAUUUGCUUCACCUGGGAAACAACAGGAUAACUGUGAUCCACGACCGGGCUUUUGGGGAUUUAACCAACCUGCGGAGGUUGUAUUUAAAUGGUAAUCUCAUGGACAGGCUUACGGGAGAAAUGUUUUUCGGUCUGCAGAACUUGCAGUAUCUUUAUUUAGAGUACAACAAAAUCAAGGAGGUGGACGCGGGCACGUUCCGCUACCUCCCUAAUCUCCAGCUGCUUUUCCUCAACAAUAACCUCCUCAAAACCUUACCUGUGGGCAUCUUUUCCAGCCUCUCGCUGUCUAGGCUCAAUCUGCGCAACAAUCACUUCCAAAACCUGCCCGUGAGUGGUGUUCUAGAUCAGCUGAAGGUGCUCUUGCAGAUAGAUCUUUUCGAGAACCCGUGGGACUGCUCCUGCGACAUAGUUGGUAUGAAGAUCUGGCUGGAGCAGCUGAGCGCGGGCACCGUGGUGAACGAGGUCGUGUGCGAGACGCCCAAACGCCACGCGAAGGUGGACCUGCGCUCCAUUCAGUCGGAGCAUCUCUGCCCCGACUACUCUGACGCCUACGUGUUGCCCACCACCCCCACGAACGAGCCCAUGGACGAGAGGGUCGUCACCACGGACGCGCCGCAAAAGUUCAGCCCCCCCAGCAGCACCGUCCCCCUCUCCGUCCUCAUCCUCAGCCUCCUGCUUGUUUUCAUCAUGUCUGUGUUUGUGGCCGCAGGGCUGUUUGUCGUAGUGAUGAAAAAGCGCAAAAAGUCACAGAGUGACCGCACUAGCACCAACAACUCAGACGUCAGCUCUUUUAACUUGCAGUACAGCCUCUACAGCAACCGCUCCGGGCCUAAAGUCAAGGCCCCAGCCGGCCACGUCUAUGAGUACAUCCCACACCCCAUGGGCCACAUGUGCAAAAACCCCAUUUAUAGGUCACGCGAAGGAAACACUGUGGAGGAUUACCGUGACCUCCACGAGCUCAAGGUCACAUACAGGAGUACCCCGGACGAUGACAGGGAUAGCAGUACAAUGAGGAGCCCCGCUUACAGUGUGAGCACCAUCGAGCCGCGUGAAAACCCCUCCCCUGUGCAGGACGCCGAUCAUUUCUUCAGAGGCAUCCUGGAGCCGGACAAGCAGUCCCCUCAUCAGUCCAUCCCAUCCAUCCCAGCAGGGGCCAAUUUAGAGUACAAGUACACAGGGCCGGUGUCCUACACAUACAACCCAAAUUUUGAUGUCAGACGUCAGUUCUUGCACCCGGAGCGAAUAAGAGAAACGGUGCUGUACGGCACGGCACCCAGUACUGUGUACGUGGAGCCCAACAGGAACGAGUACUUGGAGCUAAAAGCUAAACUGCAGUCUGAGCCCGAUUACCUCGAAGUUCUUGAGAAACAGACGACCUUUAGCCAGUUCUGAGCAACAUGAGUCACGUAUGUGACGAAGCAUUUUCCUCUCCUGAACCCUCCUCUUUGAAAACCUGUGGCUCAGUUUAUAGGGUGCCUUGGCACAAUACAAACCAAGCAAACCAGUUCAAACGGGGUGUGCCGAACAGUCUUAUUCUUAUUUCUGAAACAUGACAUUACAGGAAUGGAUACAACUUUCUGAAACACGGACGAACAAAACUGCUCUACUUAACUGAUGAUGCAAAAUCUAUUUUUCUAUAGUGAAGAUCGAAUAUCACACAAAGUGUAAGUGUACAGGUAAAUCUUACCCACCUUCAUUUUCAGGAAUAUAUCCGUACAUAAGGUAUAUUGUGAAUCAGAAAAGAAAUGUUUAUAAAGUCACUCCCGGACAAAAACAUUGUACAGCAGAUGAUCGAAACUGUGUAGGACUAUUUUCUGCUGUAGUCUGUAAGUAAGUAUUUAUUGAUAUAAUCUGCCAUGUCUUUUCAAAACUUUUGAUUCUACAUCAAUAUUACCUGUGUCAUCAUACUCCAUCAUCCUCUGGAAAAAGGCUUAUGUUUGUAGUUUCAUUUACUGUAGCUCUGCAUUGUAAAAGUGGCUUUUUUUGGAAGUGGCACACCCCGAUGUUCAAAAGAGACUGCGUCAUUUGAAGAAUAUGAAAAAAAAGUGUCUUUGUAUGCUUUCUGCACUUUUUGGAAUUGGGAGGCGAGUUAGCCUCCACUGAGCUCUCAUAAAGGAGAUUAUUAUAUUAAAAAUGAAUAUGGGUAUUCAUUCUUAAUAUGUAGAACUGAUAUGUUAUCAAAAUCGAGAAUUCCUAGAUGCUAUUUGAAGUAUGAAUUCUGUUGUGUAAUACUGAUAUUUUAAUCAAUGUAACACCUAUUUUUAUACAAGUAUUCGCAGAUUCUCUAUCCCUUAUCAAUUUUAUUUGUUUCAAAUGCACUUAUUGCACUAUAUUGACCAAAUUAUGUUAUUGUCAUCAAAUAAACAUGAUGUCAGGUUCAUAUAAUGUGCUGAUGGAGACAUGAAGGCUGUUGGUGGUGAUAAGAAGGAGGCCGUGUUGGGUCUGGUCAACACUCAUAUCUUAUAGUAUAAUCAUACAGACAGAGAUACAGCACAUGUGCUUCAUUUAAAGUGGCAGCUAGUGUCUGUAUGAGGACUGGAAUCAAUGGGCUUCACUCAGUAGGCUUUAUGUGGUUUUUGCAAUUAUGCCAUGACGACAGCAUCCGUGUUGCCGCCCGGCGAGCGAGGAGCGGGUCAUUUGUGUAAACACCAUCGGAGCUGACUGGAAAUGAAAUGCUAUUUUGGUGCUGUGACAAAGCCAGCGGGUGUAAACUUUGACACUGAUGAAUGCGUACAGCUCCUGGAUUAAGAGUUUGUUAUCACAAUCAUUUCUAAUUCAAUCUUUUUUUGUUUUAAUUGCCUCGCUUCAUGUGUGUGAACAUCUCUGCUUUAAUUUAACAGUUUGGGUUGAAAAGCUGUUUGGAUUUUCUGAUCUUUUAAGUGCUCAUUUGGAUUUUUCUUUUUUUCUUUUUUGGUAAAUUGCUCUUCCCUUGACCCACUUAAAUCCAAUAUGCAAAGUAGCUCCAUAAAAAUGCAGAGGAUGCACUGUGCCACCAUUUUCAGUGUACAGAGAACGUCACCAUUUAGGAAUGCUGUACUCCACAACUGAGGCAGGCAGGGAUCUCUCUGGAGAGGAGGCACACAACUCGGGUCAUGUCCGUCCCCUCUGAGGAUCACUUUAUUGUUCAUCCGGCGUAUAUUAUUUGGAUUGCAACAAUUUUAUAAUCAGUGUUCUGUUGAUGCUUUACAACUGUGUUUUCCAGCGAUUUCCACAUAAUUCCAUAGAAUGAUGAGAAAAAGGAAGAAGCAGAGAAUGAAACUCGCUUUCUCAGGGUCCCGCUUUUGUUGCAUCUUUUCAUAGAAGCCCAGAAUGGGAACAGAAGGCACCAUUUGGGAGAUGAGGAGUCCUGGAACUGAGUGUAACUGUGGAUGUGUCAUACAUGUAGCAGGGGAUGUGAAUCACAGCCAAGUUGCGUAUGCAGUGGCCCAGCAUUGGUGGCCCAUGAGACAGCACAGUGUUGAUAGUGUUUGACAGGGGCUUGUAUUUAUUCGGCUGAUGCCAAUAUGAAGCACACCGACAAUAAAAAGGCGCUCACAGAGGUGCAUCAUGGACUACAGUAUUUGUAUCCAUCCAUCCUGAUCAGUUCGUUGGCAAAAUGUUUAAAUGCAGCCCAGAUGGCCGUCUACUGUUUAAUUUAAUUUCCUCAAACGUUAUAUGUUUCAGGAUGAUUUAGUUAAAUUCAAAGGACUCUAGAGGAAAAAAAAAAACACCUUCAGCACAAUUACAUAAUCAGUGAAUCAUGCAUUCCAAAUGGGCUUGUUUAAACAGCAUGUGUGUGUGUGUAUACACCCCUCACACUUAGACUCCCAGUGUGAGGGUUUAACACAGUUACGACCAAAUCGUUGCAGCUCAGUCGCUGGAGUAGUGAUGCAAUAAAACCCUUUGCAAACAAACACUUAAAACGGGUGCUGGUCAACUUCCGGAUUCGGUGAAAGGAAGGAAGCGGUGAAAUAUCUCCCGAUGCCUUGCCUCAUGCUGCACAGGAGCCCCUCCCAGAUUUAUAGCUAAACCAAUUUGAUGGGGGCCUGACGCAACGCGAGGCGUGAUGUAGGUGCAGAUGUAGCUGUCAAAGUUCACAAGGCGCGGUUGGAGUUUUUCUCUCUGCCUCGAGCUCGGAAAAAGUGCAACAGAGGCUCCGGCUCCUCCUGAAACGCAGAGGUGCGACGGCCAAUCCGGCCUCCUCGCCGCGCGCCUCCUUUGCUUCCGCGCCAUCUGACAGUCAAUCAUUGAGAAGCGGGUACAGUACGCGGCGCGAAGUUGGCUCGUCCCUCGGCUAUUUUCAGCGCGCUGCUAGAACACUACUGCCUCCAAGUUAAACCCGGCGCGCUGAAAAUACCGAGCUAAUUAAACAGUUUUUGGAUUCCGUUUAGCCGACUUUUGCUAAAAAUUGCGUUUGAACGCUCGUCAGAUGGUGCUGGCAGAACUGAGUGUUUAUGGUAAAUAAAAUCAGCUUGAUGCGACACAUGCACAGGGCCAGCGCCGCCGCCUGUACGGCCUCGGGGCAGGAAGAAGCCGCGGGCCCCCAUUUGCCACCUGUUCCUCCGCCUCUCCCCGUGUUGCCCGUACGUCCUUGUCCUGUCGGAGCAGUGAUCAGGCAAAGGCAGAAGUUUAAGAGCUCAAUUAGUUUGUGAUUAAUGGGGCAUUUAUUUAGGGAUCUGCAACAUAUCAGGAUGAUGUAAACAGAAGGUAUUCAAUUAGAUGCUAAAUUUACAGCCCCCUGCGGAGAGCAGGGCAUCAAAAUUAGAUGUGACACAGGAGACACCUUGUUUAAUCCAUUUUAGUUUACAUUGUGCUUUGGUAAACAAAUUUACACUUAAUGAAAUGAUCAUAAAAUGACUGAUAAACAGUAAGUAUGGAGCAGAGGAACCCCUGGCCUACGUUUAUUGGUAAAAUAGGAAAAAAACACAGAUGUAGCACACGCCUCGAAUCAACUAAGCAGUAACCGAUUGACAGAUCUGGAUUUAUAUUCUGCACAUGCAAGCGUGUCUCGCACAGAUGCAAUCCUCGUGCACUUCAUUUCCCCCGUUUGGGUUGUAAAACGAGACAACGCCGCAGCGUGCAUGAUAAUUAGGCCCGUGUGUGUGUGUGUGUGUGUGUGUGUGUGUGUGUGUGUGUGUGUGUGUGGCCUCCCCCUGUGCACUUAGACAGAUAGAGGGGGUGGACAUGUUCCAUAUGCUGGAGCCACGCCUCACCUAACCAUCCCCCCCCGCUGGCAAAGCCUCGUCCUGCCACCUAGUCUCCACGAUGAUGCGAGCAAUUGAGUUCAAGGAGAUCUGGGUAAUUGAGAGGGCAGGAAUGGCAUCUGACAGGCACCGAUGGCUCCAAUGAUUACUUUAAUCAGAGUGGUUAAUGGAAUUCCUUCAGGCAUGUAGGAAUGCUCAAAUGUUCAUCAGCACUCAACUGAUUUUUUACCCCACCAGCUCCUCUCUAAUGCCUCCUCUCCUGCCCCGCGCAGCCAAACAGUAAUUACCGAUCGCUCCUCCGUCCGUUCUCCUGCGCUCCCACUUCCUGCAUAAACACUCGGCAUCUGGUAACGCGCCCUCGCUCCUGGGUGAAUCCAAAGUGCACAUCGUUGUGGUGAACAUGCAUUAUGUAUGGCGUUUUUUUUUUUUUUAACAUGUAAUGUCGUGGAAAGUUAAUGUUUGAGCGCAAUGUCAGGUCAAGUCAGUCAUCAAAUCAGUCAAGCGCUUGCUUACAUAAAUGCACUGAACGUAUGCAGAUACAUUCAUUAAAAAACGAGAAACACAGAGAUGUUCCAUUUUGAUUUAACUAGAUUAAUUACCAUUUUAGCAACUUGCACCAGCACUGACAAACUUCCACUGUCCAACCUUUGCUCCAUUAUGCAUAAGAAGUGUUUGUUAUAUUUUUGUUUUCCUUCUUGUGUUGCAUAAUUUGACACAAAUGUAAUAAUGAAAAAAAAAAUUUGUCUGUUUCUAAUUAUCUGGGGGAAAACAUUUCCUUGUUAAUACUGUGCUUUUUAUCCAAAUGAAGACCAAGAAAGUAACCACACGCAGGCUGAUCAGACAGCUGUUUAUGUCUCUGAAAUUAUUCACUUCUAUAUGUUUUACAUUUUUUCCUCAGUUUGUUUUGUUUUUUUGUGUGUGAGAACGAUUUUGACAGGAUAAUAUGAUAAUCAUCGAAGGUUUGACCAAACAGCAUUAAUGCAAAGGUGUUCUGCUGUUAUGAUCUGUAUAGCGCUACAUAAAAUACAUAUAAUUUAUACGAGCAAGCCAACCACGCAGACGGUUUUCUACAGAAGACGACUUAUUACCAUAUAGAUAAUGUACAUUUCAGGCAAGUCUUUGCUGCAGAGAAUUGUUCCCUCCUGGUCUAAUUUGUAUUGAAUGAGUGAGAUAAAGACAAAACCCCUGAAUCCAAACGCUCGCCUAUUAUUCUCUGAGCUGUGGGUGUAUGUAAAAAAAAAAAAAAAAAAAAGAAACAACAACAACAACAGCCUCCUCAUUUGCGGCUCUGUGUAUUGAUUCUGCAACUGUAUGUGUAAACUGUAGCUAUAAGCUGACUGGUGGGAUAAACAGCAGCAAAUCUGUGAUCGGAGCCUUAUGGAGGUAUUUUUAUGUCAGCUUCUGUGCCCAUACUGUAGAGGGAGAGAUAGGUGGAUGCUACGGCGUGUUGUUUCAUGUUUUAUUUAGCUGGCUUUUGUCAGGGGUUUCACUUUCUGUCUGCAGCACGCAUGCCUGUUUUUUUUUUUUUUU